UUACUGACAAGAAAUGACGCAAUUCAACUUCCGCUAGCAUUAGCGGCUGGUGUUUAUUGAUAGCAGCGCCAGUUAUCAUAAUACUACUGUGGAAGUUUCGUUGUGUUAACGGGUUGAAAUGGCAUCCUCUAGCUCGUACAAACUCAUGUGUUCCAUCCCGGGCCAUGAAAUGGACAUCCGGGGGAUCACGGCUGCGGUUUUUCCAGAGGGGGCUUUGGUGUCUGUAUCCAGAGACCGGACCGGAAGAGUCUGGGUGCCGAACUCAGGCCCUGACAAAGGUUUCACAGAGAUGCAUUGUAUGUCUGGCCACUCAAACUUUGUAUCUUGUGUGUGCACCGUUGCACCAAGUGAAGCAUAUCCUCGAGGACUUAUUGCCACAGGUGGAAAUGAUAAUAACAUUUGUGUUUUCACACUGGACCAACCACAGCCCCUAUUCACUCUCGAGGGUCACAAGAAUACAGUUUGCAGUCUGUCAUCUGGGAGGUUUGGGACACUUCUUAGUGGCUCCUGGGAUACCACAGCCAAAGUGUGGCUCAGUGAGAAGUGCAUAAUGACCUUGCAGGGUCACACUGCAGCAGUGUGGGCAGUGGUCAUAUUAUCUGAACAAGGCCUUAUGCUGUCUGGAUCAGCAGAUAAGACCAUAAAGCUUUGGAAAGCUGGCCGAUGCGAGAAGACAUUUACAGGCCAUGAGGACUGUGUAAGGGGACUGGCAGUGAUCAGCAGCACUGAGUUCUUCUCUUGCAGCAAUGAUGCCAGUAUCAGAAGGUGGCUGGUGACAGGUGAAUGUGUGCAGGUCUAUUACAGCCACACCAACUACAUCUACAGCCUAGCUGUCUUCCCCAAUAGCCAAGAUUUUGUAAGCACAGGAGAGGACAGGACUGUGAGGAUAUGGAGGAAGGGGGAGUGCUCUCAGACCAUUCGCCUGCCUGCCCAGUCUGUCUGGUGCUGCUGUAUUCUACCUAAUGGAGAUAUAGCUGUUGGGGCCAGUGAUGGCAUUAUCCGUGUAUUUACGGAAGCUGAGGACCGCAUGGCCAGUGCACAGGACCUACAGGCCUUUGAGGAUGAGCUGUCCAAGGCCACCAUCGACCCCAAGACAGGUGACCUUGGAGACAUCAAUAUGGAGGAUCUUCCUGGAAGGGAACACCUUAAUGAGCCUGGGAAUCGUGAUGGACAGACGCGGCUGAUUAAAGAUGGGCAGAAGGUGGAGGCGUAUCAGUGGAGUGUCAGUGAUGACCGCUGGAUGAAAAUCGGAGAUGUGGUCGGAGGCUCAAACCAACAGACGUCCAAGAGCGUGAUGUAUGAAGGAAAGGAGUAUGACUAUGUCUUCUCCAUUGAUGUGAAUGAGGGAGGGCCGUCCAUGAAGCUGCCUUACAACAUGUCAGAGGACCCCUGGCUGACAGCGCACAACUUCCUGCAGAAGAAUGACCUUAGCCCCCUGUUCCUUGACCAGGUCGCCAAUUUUAUUAUAGAGAACACCAAAGGUCAUGUGGUGGGUCCAGCCCAGCCUGCUGUUGGUGACCCAUUCACUGGUGGGGCUCGGUAUAUCCCCGGAUCUUCUGAUGAUAGGUCAGCCUUUGGAGCUGAUCCCUUCACAGGUUCUGGCCGCUACAUCCCAGGGUCUGGUCCAGUGCCAGAUGCUCAUGGUGGUGUGGCAGAUCCCUUCACAGGUGGAGGCGCCUACUCCUCAGCAGCCCUCAGACAGAUGACAACCAACAUUUACUUCCCCAAGACUGAUGGUGUGACCUUUGAGCAAGCCAAUACCUCACAGAUCAUCACCAAGCUGAGGGAGCUGAAUGGAGGUGCUCCUACAGAGCAUAAGCUCUCUGAGGAGUUCCUGGAAAGCCUUGAGCAGCUCCUGCUGUCUGUUUGUGGGCUGAACUCCUCUGAACCUCCACCAACCAUCCAACAGAUCAACCUGCUCUGGAAGGCCUCUCACUGGCCUGAAGACAUUGUGUUUCCUGUCCUGGAUAUUAUGAGACUGGCGGUGCGCCACCCACAGGUUAACCAGAGUCUCUGUGGAGAGGCUGAGGGUGUCCAGCUGUGCAACCACCUGUUAAACCUGAUGAGGCCUGAGGGACGUCCUGCCAACCAGAUGCUGGCACUGCGGAUUCUCUGUAACUGCUUUAGUGGCAGGCAUGGCCGAGCCCUCCUCAUGGCACAGCGUGAAAUGGUGCUAUCACGUUCUGCUGAACUGUCUACUGUCUGCAAUAAGAACAUCCACAUUGCCUUGGCCACUCUGGUGCUAAACUACGCUGGCUGCCUGCACAGCCAGCCUGAUCUUGAGGCCAAGGCCCAAUGCCUCUCUGUGGCUAGCAGAGCUCUGGAGACUGUAAAAGACAAGGAGGCUGUGUUUAGGCUGCUGGUGGCCUUGGGAACUACUGUGGCUUCAGACCAGACAGCCCAGGACCUGGCUCGCUCCUUAGGGGUCAGCUCUCAGAUUUCCAAGUACUCAUCAGUGUCUGAUCCAUCUAAGGUGGGUGACUGUUGCCAGCUGGUUUUAAAAGAACUACAAUGAUAUGUAUUAUUAGAAAAAAAGCACUUAUUUCUUAUUAUUACCAUGUUCUGCUUAAUUGUGGUGGAGACUAAAAUAAAUGUAUGAUCCACAAUAAAAAAAAUAGUAUAGAUGAAAUCUCUGUGUUUUAUUAC